AUGAAGAAAAUCCUAGCAAUUCAUGUUAUCCAGAUGCAUCAUCAUUAUCCCAAGCUGAUGAACCAUUCGCCAAUAAUAGUCCAUCAAACUCUGUUGAAUCUAACACUAGUAAAAAAAAUAUUUCAAGAUCAAAUUCAGAAAUUGAUGAAGUACAGGAGUUUGUUAACAACAAGAAAUUAAAAGUUACUCGUGACACAUCAAGUUCUGAAACGCCUAGGCGCCUAUCUUAUGGCUUCACUCCAAAUAAUAACAACUGUGAAAAUGAAAAUGAUCAAGCUUUUAAAAAAAUUGUAACCAGAAGUUUAACUUGCAUUAAAUAUGAAAUUGAGGUAGUUCAAAAACGAUUAGAUUCUAUGGCUACAUUAAUAGAGAAAAUUCAUGAUAAAAUUGAAAAUCCAUCUAUAUCUUCAUUAAACCUUCAUAAUGUAAUAAGUGAUAUGGAAAUAAUCAGUAUUGACAACAACGAGUCUUUAGAUGUUAUGGAAGAACGAUUGACUAACGAUAAACCAUUCAGAACUCAAAUGGUACUAGAAUUAACACGUCUUAUGGGAGAUAGCAUAUCAGAAACUGUGCGUAGAAUAAUGCAAAAGAUCUUCACAGACAAAUUUCUCUCCAAUUAUUCAUACAUUGGUCAUAAGGAAAAAUUAAAAUUAUCUAAUCUACAAAGCUGUACUAUAAUAUUUGAUGCAGUUCAUAAAAUGAAAAAAUAUCAUGAUAUACCUUUUAAAGAUAUUGAAAAACCUAUAAAAUUGUGGAUGGCUCAAGCAUCAGAACGCAUAAAAAAAAGAAAUGAAAAGAAUACAAAGGACAAAAGUGUAUAA